AUGCGCAUCGGGUGUCUUCAGUUCGCGCCCCAGGUUGGGGAUGUCUCCAACAACCUCAGUCGUGCCGACGCCGUUUUGGCCAAGGCCAAUCAGAGGGAAUUGGAGGAUCUAGACCUACUUGUUCUUCCUGAAAUGGCCUUUUCUGGAUACAACUUCAAGUCCCUAGAAGAAAUCCAGCCCUUUCUCGAACCGUCGGGAUCCGGCAUCAGUGCUUUGUGGGCACGGACAAAUGCUCUCAAGUAUGACUGUACUGUCGCCGUUGGCUACCCCGAAAAGGUCGGGUCUUCGGGUUCACCGCGUGGAUCUUCCCCCGAGUACUACAACUCACUGCUUGUUGUCAAUGGGGAAGGCGAAACCGUUGCAAACUAUCGCAAGUCCUUCCUUUACUACACCGACCAGACUUGGGCCCUGGAAGGUGGAGGAUUCUAUGGCGGCAGGAUGGAGGGCUUCGGCAACGUUGCCAUGGGAAUCUGUAUGGAUAUCAAUCCCUACAAGUUCGAGGCACCCUGGCAUAAAUUCGAGUUCGCUUUCCACGUUCUCGAAGUUCGAGCAAACCUAGUCAUUCUUUCAAUGGCAUGGCUUACCCACGAGGAUCCAUCAACUUUCACUCCCCUCUCUCAGGAACCGGAUCUGGCAACCAUGACAUAUUGGCUUCAACGAUUCGAGCCUGUCAUCCGAGACGAAAGCGACGAGGAACUCAUUGUUGUGUUCUGCAAUCGCUGCGGCAUGGAAGACGACGUCUUAUACGCGGGCACCAGUGCCGUCAUUGGAAUCAAGAACGGUGAGGUGUCUGUUUAUGGACUCCUCGGCCGUGGUUCCAAGGAGUUGCUGGUCGUCAACACUGACGCCCCGCCCUAUGGAAAGCUCGUCAAUCGCCCGGACGCCGCUACCGAUAACAACGAAGAGCACAUGCCCAAAACAACCCCUGGCACUACUGGGAAUCCAGUUUCUCCCGACCAAGCCAACACAACCUCCCUUUAUUCCCCUGUGAGAACACAUACACAACCAGAGGCAGCAGUGCAAGCCGCAGCUUCUAACAGACAUAUAGGGGGCAACAGACGCAGCCCAGUCGAGGCCAGAAAACGACCAACCUUGAACAUACCUACGAAGCCUCCUCGCUUCGUGGCAGACGAGGAAGAGGGUUGUAGUGAUUCAGGCACGGAGAACUACGCUGAUUGCCAAGGCAACUGUGGAGGAUGUGACGGGCAUGCUUAUGUAGGAAGAGCAGAAGCUGUAGAGAGCCCGGUAUAUCCCAGUCCGACUGUCAUGGCCAUGCGACCCAAGCUUCCCAUUCACAAAGGUGCACGUACACUUCCGCCCAUUACUACCAAGCGGUUGCCAUCUGGGGUAAAGCCUGGGAACUAUUUUAAUAGUCGUGAUCUUUAUACUCCUCCCAUCACACCCUACGACGAUGCAUCGCUGUCAGCAGCCCGCCGAAUACCAUUGCCCUUUUCACCCGCUGUGGACACACCGGUUGAACCAAACUGGCCCGUUUCUGCCAGGAUUGACUAUAACGGCCAACCAUUCCACACUCUUCCCUCCGGGCCAGCCAGCAGAUCGACAAACAUAUCUGGUGGCAGAUCCCGCAAUUCGAGCCGUGCAAGGGGCCCAGAGAUGCUCUCACCAGUCACGAGCCAACACCCCUUCCAGUCAGCACGCACAGGUCCAACGGAACGGGUCCCAAGGCGGGCAAAACGCGAAGACGAGAAGGAGCAUGAAUAUGGCGAGUUAAGCGCGGACAGGGCAGCAACACGAAAGCCGGCCAAGACGGGUUUCGAUGACCUUUUCAACACGAUUCCCAUCGCCGCAAGUCCCAGCAUUUUCAAGACUACAUUUUCCGAAGCAGAAAUCAUGAACAACCAGCAGCAGCAGCGUGCCGGCGAAUCAGUUCAUAUGAGACUAAGGGACGAGCCACGACCUCAAGUAGCUCCUCGACAACGUCCCACAGUUGAACGAACGGCCUCUAGACUCAGGAGCACAUCAGCCUCAAACCCCAGGAUCCCACCAUCGUUCAAUUAUCCUCCACCCCCGGUCCCGCAAACGCCCCAAUAUACUCCUGCUUCUUAUACCUCGAGUUCCCGCUCCUCGAGCAGAAGCAGGCAGGUUUCUUACACGAGACGGGGCAGUGAGCAACGCACAGUUCCGUCAACACCGAGCACCCCCAGCCCGACAACGCCGCAUCAUUAUCACCAGCAUCAUGUGCUGCCCGCUACAUCUUAUGGUAGCAAUAGCCAUAUCCAGCAACCACAUAAAAGAAUGCCACAGGUUGUUGGUAUAAAUGAUCAUGAUGAUGAGCCCGAGGCGUUUUACGGACGAGGACCGGUAAUACCGGUUGGAGGAAUGACGGGAGGGAGGGAUAGUAGAGGUCGAAAGAUACCUACCCAGCAGCAGCCGUCUAGGAGGACACACUCUGUUGAUCCUCAUCGCCGGGAGCCUGCUGCCGAGAGGGGACGCAAUGGUGGGGCUAGGGUCAAUGGGAGGUAUUAUCCUCUAGACUUGUUGUCGCCUGUUUCUGUAUGA